CUAUUGUGGAGGAGAUGAGCCCGCAACGAGAAUCAGAAACAGAGACCCUAGUGGAAGCGGCCUUAAGGAUCCUUAACACGCCGGACCCUUUUGAGAAGGCCAGGCUAAGUGACUCCGUCGCUUCCCGAUGGCUACAAGGGACCAUUCUUCAGCCUUACCUCCCCUCCGUGAACCUCCCCGUACCUGAUCGUCCCGCUCGUCUCACCAACGUUAAGUUGUUGGCUCCUGGUUUAAUGCCAAAGCUUGGAAAAGCAGGUAGCUUGCAGAGCAGGCAGGCCAUUGUGCAUAGUCUUGUUCACACUGAGAGUUGGGCUAUUGACUUGUCUUGGGACAUAAUUGCUCGUUUUGGUAAGCAAGAGGCAAUGCCUAGAGACUUCUUUACAGAUUUUGUGAAGGUGGCUCAAGAUGAGGCAAGACAUUUCACUCUCCUUGCGAAACGACUUGAGGAACUUGGUUCUUUUUAUGGAGCAUUACCAGCUCAUGAUGGCCUAUGGGAUUCAGCCAUUGCUACAUCUAAGGACCUAUUGGCACGUUUAGCAAUAGAGCAUUGUGUCCAUGAGGCCAGGGGACUCGAUGUGCUGCCAACAACUAUCUCUCGGUUCCGUAAUGGAGGUGACAAUGCAACAGCUGAUUUACUGAAGAGUGUGGUGUACCCAGAAGAAAUCACCCAUUGUGCUGCUGGAGUCAAGUGGUUUAAGUAUCUAUGCUUGAAGCCUAAACAUUCCACUUCCGAGCAAAGCUUAAGUUUUCAAGAAAGUGGAGAGGCAGGCAGUGAAAUUACAGACAAGAAUGAAGAGGUUGUUCAGAAGUUCCAUGCUAUAGUGAGAACACACUUCAGAGGACCACUAAAGCCACCUUUUAAUGAGGAAGCAAGGAAAUCCGCUGGAUUUGGCCCUCAAUGGUAUGAACCACUUGCUGUCAAAGAGGUCAAUCCAGAAUGCCUACAGUAGCUCGAUUCAGGAUGCAGUUUUAUACAAAUGUGAGGAUAAUCGAUUUUUUUUUUUCCGAUAAAUAUUAUUUUAAGCUAUUGUCUUUUAUCAGCAAUGCCCUAUAUGAGUUUUAAAAACUUCUUCAGUUGGAAAAUUGAAUUGACAGUUCGUGCAA